CACAGACACACACACACACACACACACAGACGCACAGUGUUUCACUCUGGAAGAAAGUGUCCGUGUGCAGUGCGCGCUUUCGGGGUUGCAGCGCUGCGUCGCUGCCUCCUGAUGUCUUCUCUGAGGAAUAGUUAAAGCGGGUGAGGAGGGAAGGAAGGAAGAAAAAACCCUGGACUUCAUGUUUAUUUUUUAGUCAACUUUUAUUUAUAUAUGUAUUUAUUUAUUUAUUUAUUUAUUGGUUUGCUCCCGGAUCAGAGUUGAUCUGAUCGAUGCCGCACGGCUGCGCGAGGACUUUACGCAAGGAUUUUAACAUGCUCCCGGUGUUAAGAGGAACCUAACGACACUGCUCCACAGCAUCUCUGUCGGAAUUACGACUUUUUGGUCGUUUUUCUUUCUUUCUUUCUUUCUUUCUCUCCUUUUGAAGAUGGACCAGUUGAAGACCCGAGCUCGAGCCGCUGCGCUGACCCUCCUUGCGCUUUUGCAUCUCGCGUCUUUGGUGACGGCGGUAACGCGCGAUCCACCGGGCAAGACCCUGAAGUACAAAGUUCUGGAGGAGCAGCGAGCGGGCACGGUGAUCGGGAGGUUACGGGAGGACGCGGCGGCGCCACUGGCUCGCCUUCCCAGCUCGGUGUCGCCACGCUUCCGCGCCAUGCACGCGGGCAGCAGCGCGCCGCUGAUCGCCGUGCGCGAGGAAGACGGUGAGAUCAGCGUGGGCUCGCGCAUCGACCGAGAAGCGCUGUGCGGCAGCCAUCCGAACUGCACACUCGAGUUCGACGUGGUCACUUUGCCCGCUGAACACCUGCAGCUCUUCCGUGUCCAGGUCGAAGUCUUGGAUGUUAACGACCACCCACCCCGGUUCUCCCGUUCAGUUGUGCCUGUUGAGAUCUCCGAGAGUGCAGCAGUUGGAACCCGCCUGCCCCUUGAUGCAGCUUCUGACCCAGAUGUGGGCGACAAUGCAUUGCACGCCUACUCCCUGGAGCGAAAUGGUUUCUUCCGCAUCGAUGUCCGCACCCGUACUGAUGGUGCCCGUUAUGCUGACCUGGUUGUUGUGCGAGAGCUGGACAGAGAGACCCAAUCGAACUUCCAACUGGUCCUCAGUGCAGCAGAUUCGGGUUCACCGCCACGCUCUGGGUCAACACUUCUCAAAAUCAACGUUCUGGAUUCCAACGACAAUAGCCCAGUGUUUGACCAGCAGGCCUAUGCCGUCAGCCUUCCGGAAAACUCUAUUCCUGGAACCCUGCUGGUGGAUUUGAACGCCACAGAUCCAGAUGAAGGCACCAAUGGCAAGAUCAUCUACUCCUUUAGCAGCCAUGUGUCCCUCAAGAUUCUUGAGACAUUUAAAAUUGAUCCCGAGAAUGGACAAAUCACGUUAAUCAAGAAGGUAGACUAUGAGACUACUUCAUCCUAUGAGCUGGAUGUCCAGGCUCAGGAUAUGGGGCCUAACUCUAUUCCGGGCCACUGCAAGAUCAUCGUUAAAGUGGUGGAUGUCAACGACAAUAAGCCUAAAAUUAAUAUCAACCUGAUGACGCAGGGGAAGGAGGAGGUGGCCUACAUCUCAGAGGCAGCACCAGUGGACACCUUCAUCGCAUUGGUGCGUGUGGAUGACAGUGACUCUGGUCUGAAUGGAGAAGUGACAUGCAAAUUGCACGGACACGGCCACUUCCGGCUGCAGAAAACCUACGAGAACAACUACAUGAUCCUAACCAAUGUGUCUCUAGACCGUGAGAAACGUUCUGAGUACAGCCUGACAGUGAUUGCAGAAGACAAAGGUUCUCCUAGCCUUUCUACCAUCAAACAUUUUACCGUGCAAGUGCAGGAUGAAAAUGACAACCCACCACGCUUUGAGAAGAGCCGCUAUGAGAUCUUCAAGUCUGAAAACAACUCACCUGGUGCAUAUCUCACCUCAGUUUCAGCCACUGAUCCAGAUCUGGGGACCAAUGGUCAGGUGACCUACUCUAUCUUGGAAAGCAUGGUUCAGGGAAGUUCCAUCUCCACCUAUGUAACCAUCGACCCAUCCAAUGGUGCCGUGUAUGCUUUGAGGAGCUUUGAUCGUGAGGAAGUGGGCCGUUUGGCCUUCACGGUUCAAGCACAGGAUGGUGGAAGUGGAACAUCACUAAGUGCCAAUGCCACUGUAAUCUUGACUGUUCUAGAUGAAAAUGACAACGCGCCAAUUAUUCUGGCACCAGCCCUCAGCAACCACACAGCUGAUGUGCCACUCUGGAGGCAGGCCGAACCUGGACACUUGGUGACAGUCAUCAAGACGAGCGAUCGGGAUGCUGGUGCCAACGGAGAAGUGACAUGCUCCAUUGUGGGUGGAAAUGAAGAAGGGUUGUUCUUAAUGGAACCAAGAAGGUGUGAGCUCAGGACCAACGGAAGUGUGGAUUUGAUGGGACGUGACAGUAUUGACCUGGCUGUGUUGGUUCAGGACCGCGGCGCCUCGACACGCCUUUCUACUCGUGCAGUUCUUCAUGUCCUGUUACGUGACCACCCUGAGAGUCAAUUCAUACCUUCGGAUUCUGGCAGCCAGUCCUCACUUGACCUCUCCAUGAUCAUCAUCAUCUCCCUGGGUGCUAUCUGUGGUGUCCUUCUGCUCGUCAUGGUAUUGUUUGCCACACGCUGCUCUCGAGACCAGAAGGACCCACGACACUCGUACAACUGCCGUGUGGCAGAGUCCACCUACCAGAACCACCCGAAGAAACCGGCCAGGCAGAUCCACAAGGGGGAUAUCACGCUGGUGCCCACUGUGAAUGGAACACUGCCUGUAAGGGCACAUCCACGCUCACCUUCAGGCUCUCCGGCUCCCGACAGCAGGCACAGCCACCACAGCCGCCAAUCACUUAACAGCCUGGUAACCAUCUCCUCCAAUCACGUGCCAGAGAAUUUUGCUUUGGAGCUUGCUCAUGCCACACCACCUGUGGAGCAAGUUUCACAGCUUCUGUCCAUACUUCAUCAGGGCCAGUACCAACCCAGACCGAGUUUCCGUGGCAACAAAUACACUCGGAGCUACAGGUACGCGCUGAACGAGAUGGACAAGUUUAGUCUGAAGGACAGUGGCCGAGGAGACAGUGAAGCUGGAGACAGCGAUUGUGAAAUGGGACGAGAGUCUCCAUUGCUGGGAGAGGGAUUUGGGGAGGUCUUCACUCCUGAUGGACAGCACCGUCCACACCCAGCGAUGAGGCUGUGCACGGAAGAGUGUCGCGUCCUGGGCCAUUCCGAUCAGUGCUGGAUGCCCCCACUGUCCUCACAGGCCACAGCCGAUUACCGGAGCAACCUUUACAUUCCUGGUGAGGAUCCUCAGCAGGCUCCUGCCCCUGAAGCCACCCAAUCAGGAGAGUCCACCCUGAGGAAGAAAAGCUUCUCAACUUUCGGUAAAGAGAGCGAGGAAGAGGAAGGACAAGAAGCCGAAGCAGAGAAAGGAGAAGACAUUUGCGGGACCACGUCGCUGCUUUCGGAGAUGAACAGCGUUUUCCAAAGGCUCCUUCCCACAUCACUGGAUGCCUAUACUGAGACUAAUGAGACUGAGCGAGUGCCUGUGGGGGCGGGGUCACUUGAAAGGAGAAAGGGGCACCUGCCAGGUAAAGCGAACGCCGCCUCGGCGUUUCAGCACGGCGUGGCAGCCUGGGCCGCCAACACACAUUUCCAGAACCCGGGUCAUGGCCACGCGCCCGCCAGUCACAUGGCUACCUCAGUGGCGGCUCCACCUCUCGCCGCUCCUCUAUCCAUGUCAGCUUCCUGUUCAAAAUGGCUGCCAGCGAUGGAGGAGAUUCCGGAGAAUCACGAAGAGGACGAGCUGGAGUCGGUGCUCCAUGGUAAGCGUUGCGAGAGCCGCAGCGAGAUCAUGGAUGCCAGCGAGCUUGUCGCAGAGAUUAACAAACUUCUCCAGGAUGUGCGACAAAGUUAGAAACAGAUACUGUUAAACAAAUUAAACACGCAAUGCGCGUAAGUGGUAUUUUAAAGCAAACAAACAAAAAAAAAAUAAGCAUAAUCAGAAACCUGCAAUUGUCCUUAAAAUUGCAUUUCUGACGUCACGUGUUUUGUGAAUGCUAAAUAUCCAAAUGAUGUAUGGAUUUCCUUGUUUUUUUUCGUUUUUUUUUUGGGACACAGUGUACACAAUGUGCGUGUAUUUAUCUUUGUAUUUUAAAAAUACAGUUUGUAGUCUUUAUAUUUAUAAAAAAAAAAAAAACGCCAUGUACAUAAACCUAUCAAUUAGAUUUUUAUUUUUAUAUUUUGAACGCAUGUUGAGAAAAUAAUCAAGGCUGACAUGCCAAUGUAAAUAGUCCUAUUUAUGAAAAAAACACACAUUUUUAUGUUAUUGUUACAUAUAUAAUAUAAUUAUAAUGAGAUUAUUGUGUUAUGGGGAGGGAAGCAUGUCGGGGUUUCGUAUUUAUAAUGGUUUAUUCUUGAUGUAUUGUGUCAAGCUCGGUUUAUGUUUAAAUAAAAACAAAGUGGACCUGU